AGGAGCCGCCGGGGCCGGAGGAUGCUUAGGACCCAGGGGAAGCGCUGUGGAGCCUGGCUGGCUGGGCUUGGAACCACUCCUGCCUGCUCGGCCAGGACUUCUCAGGUGUCCCGGUACGCGGAGCUGUGCGAGGCGAGUGGGGCCCUCCUGGCAGCUGCCCUGCCCCGCCUCCGUGCCUAUGCUUUGGACCCCCUGGGCACCCAUGUGCUGGCCCAGGGACCCCUUCGCACCAUGAAUGAUCAGUACCACCGAGCCGCCCGGGACGGCUACCUGGACCUGCUGAAGGAAGCCACCAAGAAGGACCUGAACUCGCCAGAUGAGGAUGGCAUGACCCCGACCCUAUGGGCUGCCUACCACGGCAACCUGGACGCCCUGCGCCUCAUUGUCAGCAGAGGGGGUGAUCCAGAUAAAUGUGACAUCUGGGGGAACACGCCCCUCCACCUGGCAGCAGCCAAUGGCCACCUGAACUGCCUCUCCUUCCUCAUCUCCUUUGGGGCCAACAUCUGGUGCCUGGACAAUGAUUACCACACCCCACUGGACAUGGCAGCCAUGAAGGGGCACAUGGAGUGUGUGCGGUACCUGGACUCGAUCGCUGCCAAGCAGAGCAACCUCAACCCCAAGCUGGUGAGCAAACUGAAGGACAAGGCCUUUCGGGAUGCAGAAAGGAGGAUUAAGGACUGUGUGAAGCUGCAGAAGAAGUACCACGAAAGGAUGGAGAAACGGUACAGAAAGGAGAUGUCAGAUAAUUCGGAUACAAUGAGCUUUUCCAGCUACUCAAGCAGCACCUUAAGCAAGAAGUUCCAGCACAUGUCUAUGGUGACUUCCCUGCCAUAUUCACAAGCCACCAUCCAUGGCACGGCCAAGGGAAAGACUAAAAUACAAAAGAAAUUAGAGAAGAAGAAGCAGGUGGACGGGACAUUCAAGAUCUACGAGGAUGGCAGGAAAAGCGUGCGGUCUCUGUCUGGUCUGCAGCUGGGCAAUGACGUCAUGUUUGUGAAGCAGGGCACGUACGCCAGCCCGAAGGAGUGGACUCGCCGCAAUAUCCGCGACAUGUUCCUCACAGAUGAAGACACUGUCUCCCGUGCCAUAAGCGACCCGGGUUUGCACAUGGACUCAGCCCACUCAGAGGUCAGCACUGACUCUGGACACGACUCCUUGUUCAACCGCCCCGGGCUGGGCACCAUGGUGUUCCGGCGCAACUACGUGAGCAGCGGGCUCUUCGGGAUCGGCCGGGAGGACGGGGGCGCGCUGGGGGAGGAUGGCGCCGAUGGGAUGGGCAUCAGACUGCGGAGCCGCCUGCAGCGCUCGCCAAGUCUCAACGACAGCAUUGGCAGUGCCAACAGCCUGCAGGAGAGGAAUGCCGAGGAGCUGCCCUGGGAUGAGGUGGAGCUGGGCUUAGACGAUGACGAUGAACCGGACACAAGCCCCUUGGAAACUUUUCUGGCUUCCCUGCACAUGUUUGAAUUCAUCUCCAUUCUGAAGAAGGAAAAGAUUGACUUGGAGGCCCUCAUGCUAUGUUCAGACCAUGACCUGAAGAGCAUCAAUAUCCCUUUGGGCCCCAGGAAAAAGAUUGUGGAUGCCAUCCAGAGGAGACGACAAACGCUGGAGAAGCCAGAUGUCAUUGUAGACACUGAACUAUAGCAGCAGCAUCUUUUUUUUUUUUUUAAAUGCUUGAGAAAAAAAACCAGUUCUAAGUUGCCAGAAAACACAAGCCAGAAACUCCCUUUCUGGGGCAGCUGAAAGCUACAGCCAUCCCCACCAGUCCCAUGGGACUGCUCCCUCACUCUGCUCCCUGUCUGUGCGAUGCUCCCGGGCGGUUCCUGGCAUGGAGGGAUGACAGCUGAGAUUGGACCAGGCAGCUCCAACCUACCCACCUUCAAGUGACCAUGGUCUCCCACUCGCUGGAGGAAGGAGUGAGCUGCACAGAUGGCUGGGACACUGCUGUCACAGGCUGUGAGACCACACCAAGCCAUGAAUGGAAGGACAUAACGUGAUAUUUUCAAAGGGACACAAAAUAAAUAAUUACAAUCUAU